AUGGGGAACUGUUUUAGUAGCACGGGGGAAAAGGAUUCCAAGAACAAAAAUGAACGGGUGAACCCUCAUGAAGAGGAUCACGAUAGACAAUUUCAAACUCCGGUGCCUACACCGCCUCCAGAUCCAAUAAGAUCUACGGUGAAUCAAGGCCCAGAUACAAACGAGGUCCCUCCCACCCGAAUAUUUGUUGCUCUAUACGAUUACGAUGCAAGGACUGAUGAGGACCUUAGUUUUAGAAAGGGUGAACAUUUAGAGAUCCUAAAUGAUACACAGGGGGAUUGGUGGUUAGCUAGAAGCAAGAAAACAAAACAAGAAGGCUACAUUCCAUCGAACUAUGUCGCCCGCCUGCAAUCUAUAGAGGCCGAGCCG